AUGUCACCACCUACGACUUCGGUAUCUUCAUCUUCAAUCGCUGGCCCUAGUGGUCAGAACCCGCAUCCAAUGCUGGAGAACAAUGAAGAGAAGAAUAGCGUAGUCAUCAAAGUUGGGAUGGUUGGAGAUUCUCAGAUUGGCAAGACGAGUCUCAUGGUCAAGUAUGUAGAAGGCAGCUUUGAUGAGGAUUAUAUCCAGACACUAGGCGUCAACUUCAUGGAGAAAACGAUUUCUGUCCGGCGUACCACCAUCACAUUCUCAAUAUGGGAUUUGGGUGGUCAGCGAGAGUUCGUCAACAUGCUGCCGCUCGUCUGUAAUGAUGCUGUGGCGAUUCUAUUCAUGUUCGAUCUUUCUCGAAAGUCAACGCUAAAUUCGGUGAAGGAGUGGUAUCGUCAGGCUCGAGGAUUCAACAAGACUGCUAUACCAUUUCUCAUUGGCACGAAAUUCGAUACGUUCGCGACGUUCCCAAGAGACGAGCAGGAGGAGAUUACCAAGCAGGCAAAACGAUUUGCUCGUGCGAUGCACGCCUCGCUGGUCUUCUGUUCGACAUCUGCGUCAAUAAACGUUCAAAAGAUCUUCAAAAUUGUGCUUGCCAAGGCAUUUGAUCUCAAAUGCGUCAUUCCCGAGAUUGAGGGCGUUGGGGAACCCAUUCUGAUAUACGUGGAUGUGUAA